AUGGAGUAUGCUCUUACAGGUGACAUCAGCCCAUCAUUGGUUAAUUUGACUCAUCUAGAGUACCUUGAUCUUCAUGGCAAUGAUUUUGGUGGUGGAAGUAUCCCUGAGUUCAUUGGAUUGUUCAAGAACCUUAGGCAUCUUGACUUGUCUUUUGCUGGCUUUGGUGGGAAAAUUCCCCCUCACCUUGGAAACUUGUCGAAGCUGAAUUAUCUUGAUAUAAGCAAUAUUCCUGAUAGCAGCUUCACUUCCAGUAGCUCUGUGGACAACCUUCUGUGGCUCUCUGGGCUUUCUUCACUGGCCUACCUUGGCAUGUCAUCGUGGAACUUUUCUGCUGCUUCAGACUGGCUUGAGUCCUUGAACAUGCUUGCUUUCCUUGAGGAGCUUCAUUUGUAUUCUACUCAUCUUCCACCCACCGACCUGAACUCUCUAUCACAGUCUAACUUCACGUUUCUCAAUAAAGUUGAUCUGUCAGGCAACUACCUCAGUUCUACCUUCCCACAUUGGUUAACAAACAUAACAACUAUGACACACAUUGAGUUGUCCUACACUGGACUUCAUGGGUCGAUUCCUGAAGCUGUAGGAAAUUUAACUGCCCUUGAAUAUGUUUUUCUGUCCGAGAACAGUUUGGAAGGAGCAAUUCCAACUUCAAUAGGCAAACUUUGCAACUUGCAGGUCCUAGAUUUGUCCUCAAACAAUCUUGUUGGUGAUAUGGACAACCUGGGGAAAGCUAUGGCCAGGUGCAUGAAGCAACUGGAAUUCAUCCACUUGGAGAGUAACAAUCUAUCUGGAAGUCUAACUGGAUGGCUUGGGUCCUUCAAGACGCUCUUGUCAAUCAACCUCCACAACAACGCACUAUCAGGUCCUGUACCUUCCGAUAUCGGUCAGCUCACAACCUUAUAUGAGCUGGAUAUUUCUUACAAUUUUCUGCAAGGCGUCCUACUGGGUGCCACCUUUUCAGCUGCAUCAACUCCAAUUACGUUCUUGCCCACUAAAAUCGGGAGUGCCGCAGUGGCUCCGGACACAGACUAG